AUGUUUACACUCCUCUUCUUCCUCGGCCUUCUGGCUGCAGCGAACGGCCUGCAAAGUGUCGCCGCCGCCGCCGAGACCGAAAAAGACCAUAAGCUAAAGGUCAAGCUAUCCGUCGAGGAUGGAGUGCUGGGAAACAGCGUCGACGGCCGCAUUAUCUUGAUCUUCUCGCCAGAGAAAUUUGCUCCUCUCUACGAUACCGUGCCAUUCUCAACACCCAAUGAUUUCUUUGGCGUCAACGUCUUCCAAUUCGGCCCGGAAAGCAGCGUGACCUUCUCUGGCGGGAAAGCGGAUAACACGGAUUUUGGAAUCUUCGGAUGGCCGAUCAGGGAUCUUGAUGACGUCCCAAAGGGGAAAUAUCAGACCCAGGCUUUCUUGAUCAAGUACGAGAAUGUGACGCGUAGUGAUGGCUCGAUGAUCAGCGUUCACUUUCCGUGUGAUGACGGUGCACGAAUGCCUGAUGCCAAUGGAAGUCUUGCUACUUCUGCGCAGCAUAUUGAGAUUACAGGCAAACCGCAACAGAUCAAUCUGACGUUCAACGAGACAAUCGGUCCAAAGGCCAACGAAACGAAGAACCCUCAGGAUGUUGGUGCGUCAUGCGCUCAGGGUAAUUAUGAAGACCUGGACCUGUUAAAAUAUGUGAAGAUUCGCAGCAAGCUAUUGAGCGAGUUUUGGCAACGAGACAUGUACGUCGGCGCCAAUGUCCUGCUCCCGCACAAAUAUGACAAGCACGACACGAAGAAGCGCUAUCCGGUGGUGUACAGCCACGACCAUUUCGAAGGCCGGUUUGGAUUCGCAGGCUAUCCCAGAUCCCAACCUUUUUCUGCUCGAUGGAACAAUGGAACCUCACCAGGCCCGAAUGGAAAACCUGAUACCGCCACGCCAGAAAUCAUCAUCGUCGAGUUUCGCCAUGAGAACCCUUUCUACGAUGACUCGUACGCAGUCAACUCGGCGAAUUUGGGUCCAUGGGGAGAUGCAAUAAACGAUGAGCUGAUUCCACACAUCGAUGCGUCCUUCAACACCAUAGCCAAGCCGCACGCGCGCGUUUUGAUCGGGUUCUCAACAGGCGGCUGGGAGAGCUUGGCCAAUCUGGUCUUUCGACCUGACCUCUUCGGCGCAACUUUCCUGUCGUCCCCUGAUCCCGUCGACUUCACUCGGUUCCAGAGCAUCGACGUUUACCAUGAUACUGACGCUUUCCACUCGGAAAAUGGAACGGCAAAUGGAAUUGCCCGUGAAUUUUCCCCCAAUGGAACCGAAGUUCGUCUCUUCGAUUUCGAGAGCAUCAACCACUACGAGCUUGCUCUCGGGACCAAGACUCGCUCUCUUCAACAGCUAGACAUUUUCGCCGCGGUUUUCGGCGUGCAAGGCUUGAAUGGUUACCCUUUGGAACCAUAUGAUAAGCUCACCGGCGAGAUCUACCCUGAAGCCACCGAGCUCUGGAGACCUAUGGACUUAACCCACCACAUAAUAAGCAACUGGAACAGCCUUGGCGAAGUUCUUCGCAACCGGAUUUUCCUCACUGCCGGCACGCACGAUCAAUACUACCUUGAACGAGCAGUCUAUGAAUUCCAGCGAAAGACCGAAGCCGAGGGCGGACCAGACUGGGCCAACAUCACAAUUCUAGUCAACGGAAAACAUGAAGAUCAGUACCGGAAUUUUUCGACUUCGGAAUAUAUUCGAGUCCUUGGCGACUGGUUCCAAGAUCAUGCCGGGGAGAAGGGCAAGCUGCUGGACGAGGUGGCCGCGAAAUCUCCGCGAGGAAAUCUCUGGAGCGAAGUCAUUAAGAAAGGAGGACAUCAGGCUGCUUUAGCUCGACAAGCUCCACCUACGAUUGAGAUCCAGAAAGAUCACACGCUUCCUGCCUCGAGUGUAGGGCGUUGGGAUCCAGGAGUCAAGCUUCAGGCGCAGUGGUUCAUCGAUGGCAAGCCAUACGGAGAAGCGCUGGACGUGCAACAAGCAGAUGUGGUAGUUUUUGAGCCGGCGGCGUCGGUUGCAGCGGGUCGCCGAAUGCAGCUCAGGGUGACUGGACGCAAACGUGGUUAUGUCGAAGAAACACGGCAGAGCAACGUCGUCAUGCUGAUGGAUCCGAUCAAGUGCACCAAGGUCGUUUCCACUACGACCUCGAGCCCUCAAAGUGGACUUUUGUGCAUCAGACCUACCUGA